UCCAUCACUCGGUGCGCGCGUCUCAACGCUGAGGAAGAGAAUGAAAGUGCUCGCCCUCUGCCUCCCUAGCGUGCGAUAGACUGACAGCAGGGAAGUGCAGCGCAUCUUUCGAUAUCAUUUAUUGGUCGAUAUUGUUCGUGUUAGCCAGCCUUGCCAAUAGGGAAAGGCCACAGAUCCAAAUUCGUGCAAAGCAGCCUCACAAACAGAGGUUCGGCGGCUUGUUGGCGUUAUUUUAUCACCAGCAAAUCGUUGGAGAGCGCAGGGCCCGAGUUUGGCGGAAGAGACACUGACAUCGUUAUGAAAAUGAACGAGUCUGCGAGCGGCUCUCCGCUAGAAGAGUACGAUUUUGAAAGGCGUUUCGAUGAAAGAGAAGCAUUGGAAUGGAUGCAGGAAAACUGGAGCAAGUCAUUCAUGUUCUGCGGCCUGUAUGCUGCACUCAUAUUCGGAGGCCAGCACUUCAUGAGAGAGCGGCCCAAACUCAACCUCCGCAAGCCCCUGGUGCUCUGGUCGCUGAGCCUGGCCAUCUUCAGCAUCAUCGGGGCAGUGCGGACCGGUUGGUACAUGAUGUACGUGCUCACCACAAGUGGAUUCAAGCAGUCGGUGUGUGACACCAGCUUCUACAGCGCACCCGUCUCCAAGUUCUGGGCCUACGCCUUCGUCCUGAGCAAGGCCCCUGAGCUGGGUGACACGGUCUUCAUCGUGCUCCGCAAGCAGCGCCUCAUCUUCCUCCACUGGUACCACCACAUCACGGUGCUGCUCUACUCCUGGUACUCCUACAAGGACCAGGUGGCCGGCGGCGGCUGGUUCAUGACCAUGAACUACGGCGUGCACUCGCUCAUGUACACCUACUACGCCGCCCGGGCGGCCGGCCUGCGCGUGCCGCGACCCCUGGCCAUCCUCAUCACCACCACGCAGAUCCUGCAGAUGGCCAUGGGCCUGGCCGUGCUGGGGCUGGUGUACCGCUGGAUGCACGAGGUGCGCUGCCCCACCCAGGUGGACAACGUGGCCUGGGGCUCGCUCAUGUACCUCAGCUACCUGGUGCUCUUCGCCUCCUUCUUCUACAACAGCUACCUCAGGGGCAGCGCCGCCGCCGCCGCCGCCGCCGCCGCCACCGCGGGCGAGAAGAAGGGGAUCAAGGCCGAGUAAGGAGCAAGGGGGGCAAGCCGGGGUUGCCCCGUGUGGGGAGCGUCGGGUUGGGGGUUGGGCCGGCGGGGAGGGGAGACUGUAUUUUACAUGGUCAGUCGUUUAAAAGUGUGCCAUAAACGGGUGGGGGGAGGGGGGGGGGGAAUCGUGACCUACAGUGUUGUGCCAUGAGUGUGUGUGAGUCACAACUACUUUGCUGGUUGCGGGGUCCACGUCUUAAUUGUGUAUGUUGUUUUCACUUUCUUUUCUUUUCGUUUUUUUUAAUACUUGACCAAUUGAAAGCCCCUGUAGGGUACGCUUGAGCUUUUAGGAGGAUUUCAACCCGUGUUGCGGAAGUCGGUCGUUAUUAUGAUAGCAACCUGUGGACCAGGGAACUGUUUCAAGGUGGGCACACUGUAACAGGUCCCCCCCCCCCCGAAGCGACAAAAGUACCGAAACGAUAAGGGAAGCUAAUAUACGAGAACAUGUUUGUGUGAGACUAACAUGGUACUGACACAUAACGGUAAUUGUUUCUCCGAACACUAGAGUGUUGGAGCCUUGCGGGCAAAGCGGUUUCAUAGGCCCUUAACUAUAACCUCCGUCCGAUCCUUUUAGUGUUUUUGACUAUAAAAGACAUUCCAUCACAGUAGCUGGUGUGUACGAGAAAUCUCUGAGUUAUUGAAAAACUUGCUGAGAAUGUCAUUCCAAUCGGACACUUCUGUGAAACACUGUAAUGACAAGGUGAUCCGAAAGAGUCGAAUGAGGGAACCUUGUUUCUUUAGUGUUGUCAUUUCAGACAUUGCAACGCUUGAUAGAUGCUUAAAAUAUCAUCCACCAAAUGAGUGACACUAUUUAGUGGUACUUUUUUUUAAAGAAAAUUUAAUUGGAAAAAGGGAUUUGAAACUUGCUGAUAGACAUUGAUUAGGGUUUCGGUAAAUGGCAUUAUGACAAGAUAGUGAACAUGACAACAAUAGUUUGCAUUCUGCAUGCUAUUAGGCUUAAAGCCCAUGCUGUUAAGCUAGUAAGCAACUGAUCUGAAUGCUCUGAUCCUUAAAUGAUGGCAUUCACAGAGAGGGGCCCCAUCUUAAAAUGGCACUUGAGUCCUCCUGGGCUGAAAUGCUCUGAAAUACAGAGCAAGGAGAAGCACAGGUUUUGGUGCUUCUCUUUAGACACAUGUGUCAAACAUGUGAGAUACGUAGAAAUGUUCAAUCAGCAAUGCACUUAUGUUCUGUAUCAAUACUAUAUAUAUGUAAAGUUAAUUGAAUGGAUUCAGAUUGGCACUAGGUGUAAUGAAACUCUUCAGUCUACUCAGAGCCGGCCUGGCAAUGACCGAGUGGCGUUGACGUCGUCCCUUACCAUGACACGUGGUCAGGGGAAGCACCAUAAAUACUGAACUCCCACUCACCUUUGUACUUUUUCAUCUGUUGUGAAUUGUGAAAUGUUUACCUUUCUCUGGACCGUGAGGACAGACACCUGCGUAGUCCUUCAUUUACAACCUCCCACCUCGCCCCCGCCUCCCCGAACACGUGUCCACGUCCUCGUUCCCCUGAACGCCGCGACUCAUGUGAACUUUGGAAAUCAUGUAGGUGUCAUCGACAUGUGUCGGCCUGUUGAAUGGGGAGACCAAGACGACCUGGCCGUUAUGUACAGCCCGCAUAGCCCGCGCCUGUACAUUUCUACACCUUUGGCCUUCUUUGUCAUAUGCAUGAUCCUUCUUGGGCGCUUUAAAGGGACUAAGAGGAGUUUAUGUUUUUGCUAAGUACAUUUAGAUUACAUUUCCCUGAAUACAUAUUGCGUUUUACGUGAUAUGUGUUGACAUGGCAAAUAGUGAAAACCACGGUUUAACCACAUCGUAGGCUAGUAGCUGCCGGUCUUUAAUCCUGUUUUAGUUUGUUUAUUUUGCUUCAUGCUGUGAGUAACUACGUUUUCAGGGGGAAAAAGCCAUUUGUCCUUGUUUUGAAAUUAUUCUGGAAAUGUUUAAUCUGACUUAUAAUUGCAUAGCAAAUUAACAACUCCUCUAAGGGCCUUUAAAAACACCUAACCCAAAAUAAGCACUCAAUGGUGUUUGUACAUGUUUGUAAUAAAACAUGGCCAAUAAAAACGGUGACAUGGAAACAUUAACUGAAAGGAUGUUUUAUUGAUAUCUGUAGUUUCUGUACUCGACCGGUUACUAAACAGAGAAGGGACAAGUGGGCGUGUAACGGGAAAGAGCAACUGGAAUGAACAAAAUUAACUCAAUUGUAAAUAAUAUCUAUUUAUUUUCUUAAAGUGUGCUUCUCCAUCAGUUUCAAGGUCCACGGUAAACGCAAGGUAAAAAAAAAAGGUGUUUGCUUAUCCUCCACCAUAUUUUGUCUUUUCUUUUCACAAAUCCUCCCAUCCUCCAAUCGAUAUCCAGCCAAGCAUUUCCACUGAUGAACUGCUUUCUACACCGUUUUGCCUCUGAAAGUAGAUACAAGCGACCAAGUUGAAACGCGUGUCAGAAUAGAGUCCGCCGUAGCCUGUAGCCUUCUACAAUCCUCUCACCCAAAUGUGGCGGCCCGUGUGUGUAGUACGUUUUACGGAUCGUCUUUCCCACACACUAGGAAUAGGCCUCUGCACUAUCGGCUGAUCUUGUGCUGCUGGCACAACUCUUAGGGCUUGUGUAAUUACCUGCAGAGAAUUUAGAAGCAAAAACUUGACUUAUCAAGUGUACCAGGUUGCAGGAAGCUCUAAGCAUGUGGCACACGUCAGCCCACAUUCCUCCCCAUACAGUGAAGAAAAAAUCAAAUCAGUUUUGUUAAUUUCACUUUGAUUCAGUUUAACCUCAAAGUGUUGAAACAUGGAGACAGAGUACAAAUACACGCAUAGAUUCAACAAUGAAUGGCAUUUUAAGUAAGUAAAACCGGUGGUGUCAGAUUACACUGACGAUUACCACCACAAGGGGACGCUAAGCGGUAUGCUUUUCCCCCGUGUUGAACUUGUUCUAAGCAGGGGUCCAGAGGAGCUGGAGAUGGGGCGUUGGUAGUUACUCCAGGAUCCGGGAGUUUAUGUGGACUGACAGCUUCUCUUCUCAGCUUCUCUCACUGUCUCUUUUUUAUAUCGAGAGGGAAAACUCAACAGGGGUUCACAGUACUACUUUGCCCUUACUUACAUAUAUUUUUGUGACUGUGUGCUAUAUUUUUGCUUCAGUAUCAGUGACAUUAGCUAGUUUAGUUUUAAAUGCUAUUAACUUGUCAAUUGCAAUGCAAUGUCUCUUAUGCCUUCAUAGACAAUGGGUCAUUUUAAACUGUUGUACAUGCAGCACUUGCUUGAACAUCUGUGAAUAUUCAAAUGGUAUUAUAAGUACGAUUUGAUUAAAAUUGCCAAACUUAUAGGUGUUGCUGUUUAUCAGCGGUAGGCUUACUAACUUUAACUAUAAGUUUAACUUCACCCAUAGGUUCUCAUUCAAUAUUGAAAUGUCCAAUAUGGAACACAAACCUUUGAGUGAGGUUAAACUCUUGGUUCAACACAAAUGUUCAUUUCUUUCACACAACCACAAAAUAAGGGAAAAUCGGUUUCAAGGGCUUUGAUGUUUAAAUGUCAUAACUGAAUGUUGUGAUUUGCAAAAAAAAUAAAAUACAAGACUAAUGUU